AUGGGAAACGAAGGAGAAACACCAAAAAGUACUGCGGCAGCGUCUAUUUGCUCAGCGAUCCAACAACCGGCGGCCAUGCGCGAGGACAAGUUUACCAAACUUGCAAACACAACUGUUAAUAGGAAGACCGCUCAAAACGAGGCUUCCUGCGUUACAACAGGUGCUUGCUCCGAGCCGUGCUUCCACAUGAGAUGCACCGCGACCGGCUGCGGCGAA